CCUGCGGUACCUUGUGCUGCCUGCCACUCUCGUUUUUGCUCGUUUGCUCCUCUGGGUCGAGCGAAGGGGCCGUGUUCAUGUCCCAAGAACCGAAGCGUGCGACAAUGGCGGCCGCGCCCGCUAGAGCUCGCGCGCCGCGGGCCGCCUCUGUCGCCCCGCCCGCCAAGAGGAAGAAGAAGGGCCCGCCAAGUCGUCUCCGAGCCUCGCCGGUCCUUCGGGCCGCGGGCUGGUCCGCCCUCCCGCCCGACCUCGUCCGCCGCGUCGCCGACUGCCUUCUCGCCACCAACGACCUCGACUGCUACAUGGACUUCCGCGCCGUCUGCUCCGGCUGGCGCGACGCCACCGACGACCCCAGGAGCGACCCCUCCGACCCCCGCUUCCGCCCGCGCCGCUGGGUCAUCCUCCUCGACGAGGGCUUCCAGCUCCAGAGCGACGGCGACGCCGACGGCGGCGCUGGUGGCGAGCUGCUGCUCCUGCUGAACGCCGCGACGGGGCGCUUCAUCCGCAAGAGGCUCCCGCUGCUCCGCCGCUACUACGUCGUGGCCACCACCCUCGGCGGCCUCUUCGUCCUGGCGAACAGGAACCCUCCCCACGCCGCCCGCGUCUUCAACCCGCUCACCGGCGUCCUAGUCCGGUUCGCGGCGCCCGUGCCCGCCGAGAAGGAGGUGUCCGCCUUCGUUAAAAGUGACAGCUCCGGCUUCUGGCCCCUGCUCGGCUUGCUCUGCGCCUCAUCUCGCAGGCCGUGCGUGGCUGGUCCCGACAAUGAUAGUUUCUUCUGUUAGGUUUAAUCUUGAUUCAUGUAUCUGCAUAUUUAGUUUGCUUUUGUUAUGCAUGUUGCAUAGGUUAGAGAGUAGCUAGUCCGGUGAAGUUUCAGCGGAGGCAUGCGGAGACUGCGAGAUGCCGGGCUGCCGUGUGAUACGGCGAGAUGCCGGGCUGCUGAUGGCGGCGUGACACCGCGGUGCCGCGCGAGGCGGCAAGGUCGUGUGAUACGGCACACACGUAGAUGGCUGAAGCAGGACUGGCCGGCUGGACGGUGAGUUAGUUUGCAUGAAUGGAGUCGUCGUUAGCUGCAUGUAUGGGUUGGUUAGUGGGCUAGCUAAAAGGUCGGUCAUGUAGCCAUGCAUGCGUUGAGUCUGUUUGUGCAUGACCGAGUGUAGGUUAGUUAGCAGGUGAUGCAUAUCCUGAAGAGAUUCUAAGAGGAGAUGGUGUUAUGCCGACGUGUGUAGGAUAGUGGCCGAGUGCGUCGGUCAGCCUAGUGUGUGCGUGCGUGAGUUAGUGGCUGGGUGUGAAGUCAUUUGUACUGCCUAUUUAAGUUCAACAAAUGAAUGAGAAUAGGGAGGCCGUGAGGGCUGAGCACCAAAGAUGUAGCCAGUGUAUUCAUCAAGGAGAGAGCGCCUCGGCAAAGCUCUUGUGCUUCUUCUUGAUGUAUGCGUGUGUGUGUGUUGAGUCUUCUUUCCCUUGUGUGUGUUCUUGAGAAGAGAGAAACACAAGUGAGAGUUGUGAGAGGCAACUCGAGGAAGAAGAUGAAGUGCGGCGCUGCGGGAGGCGGCGCCAACAUCUUCUACGGUGGGUACAAGGCCAAGGAGUACCCUAACUACAAUUCCGCACGGAUGGCGGUCGCAGGUGGUCUCUACACCAACGACGCCACAACGGGAUUCAUUGCAGAAUCAGAAGGCUGGUUCCCCAAGAUCUGCGAUCUGAUUCAUGUCAAUCCUCAUAAAGAAGAUGUCUGGCGUUUCCUGGUUCAACUUGGUGGACAGGUGCUGAUCGUCGUCAGGCUGCGGGGGCGCGUCAAGGUUUUCAAGUACGACGACGCCGAGCCCGUGCCCGUCGAGAGCAUCGGCAGGCAUGCCAUCUUCGUCGGGCACCACAGGUGCCUCGCCGUGGACGCCGACAGGUUCCCGUCCGUCGAGGCAGACUGCGUCUACUACAUUGAUCGACGGGGUUUGUCAGCCCACAUCUGCGUGUACAGCCUCAGGGACGGGAAAGAGGAGAGGGUCUCUGCUGGGGCCGUCGAUUUCGUGAAGCCGCACAAGCUGUUCGUCCUCGUCGCCGACCGCCCUUUCACCGUCAUCCAGCUUCUCUGCAGCUACACCAUCAACGCCCGGGAUUCUCAGCUGCCUUUGAAAGAAGACGCUGGCAACGUUGACAAAAAAUGGUUUUAAUUUUCUCUCUAGUCUUCGUUCUGUUAAUUUUGGCUAAGAACUUCAGAAGAGGCUGACUCUAGGUUAAUUAGAUCACCUGUGGUGGAUGGAAGGAAGUACUGUUUGUGGCCUUAACUAAUUAGGACCUGAUAUGAACCCAAUGCUCCAUCUAUUUUAGCCUGAUGCUAUCUCUCAUC